AUGAAUGGAGUGAUGCUAUAUUACGUUCGUCGUGAUGGCGGACUUUUCCCAGCUCCUGUUCCCGAGUCGUCCACUGAGAGCAAGCGUGCGUGCGACUUGUUUCGAGUUUUGGGCAUCUUUCUGGCCAAAGUGCUUCAAGAUGGCCGUUUAGUGGAUUUACCAUUUGCACCGUCGUUCCUGAAAGUCAUCGCUAGUUCACAGGUAAUAACAUUGGCCUGUGUAAAUACAGUGGAUAAAUCAUGCUGA